AUGUCAAAUCAUGGCUGGCACGAUUAUUCGCGUGUUUUACAAAGCUAUGGCAUCACUAAAGAAAACACUAGCGAUGAUUAUAUGAUAGUCAUGGAAUUCGCCAGUGACGGCGAUAUAAGAAAAUAUAUACACAAUAAUUUUAAUAAUUUAUCUUGGCGCAAGCGAAUAGAAUAUCUCGAAGAAAUCGCUCAUGGGCUUGCCAAUCUCCACGAAGAUAAUAUUGUACAUGAGAAUAUUAAAAGUUGGUUAACCACGAGCGAAUUUACAAAAGAAAUUUGGGACGCUGAAGUCAAGCGACAGGAAAAACUUGCUAGUAAUCCAGAUCGAAAUAGUUCGAUAAUAGGUUCUAUUGAUUCUACUGAACUAACUCAUAUAUUAUCUGACAAAAUCUCGAAUGCAACAGAAUCUAGACAAUGUAGUAGUCUAAUAGACACUAAAGCUUAUCUGACGACUAUAACCGACGUAGAUCUAAAUGAUAUUGCUUUAUCAAGCAACAGCAACACAG